GCGGGAAAACAAAAUUUGUGCUUUCCGAAGGUCACAUGGACAAUUUUAGGGCACCUGGCGAUAUUUCAAAAUUUAAUUAAUUCUGGAAGGCUAAAGACAAGAAAAACAAGUGGAUAAAGCUGUUAAAGAAAAUGGCAAGAGGUGGCCCAAAUUUGGAGGCCAUGAAGAAUCUGGAUCUGAACCAGUUUCUGGACAAAGAUAUUGAUCUUACUCAGUUCUUCAGUCAACAAGAGCUGGAUGAUAUGGGCAUUCAUCAGCAAACAAGACUGAAAAACAUUGCACAGAAUUAUGAGAUUAUGCUCUAUAUGGGUUUGCCUGCAAUUAAACCCGACUUCAUGAAAACUUGUCCUAAGAGAGCUAAAGGACCGAAAAUAAGGAACCAGGCCAGCCAUACUACCACCCUACCUUCUAAGAAUAAAAUUCAAUGUUCUGAUUCAGACAGUGAUGAAACUUGGACUCCAGAUUUAGAAAGAAAGAAAAGAGCUAAAGAAAAUAAGGUUUAUCCUACUUUCUCAACACCAAGAAAGCGAAAAUGUAAAAAUGAUGAUAUAAAAGAGAAAAAAACCAAGGUCUUGAAGCAGUCUAGUGACAGUACUUCAAAGAAAAGGGUAUAUGAAUUUAGAGAAAGAAAAGCAGUGAAUUUCAUGCAUCUUGAAGCUCCAGAUGAUGACCAUUUUCUGUACUGUGAGGAUUGUAACAAAGAGUAUGACAUGGAUUGCCCCAUACAUGGACCGUUGCAGUAUAUUAGAGAUACAGCGGUGGGCCUAGAAUAUGAUGAAGAUAGAGCUUUGCAUACAUUGCCUCCAGGUUUGGUUGUUAAGUCUUCUAGUAUUAUUGGGGCUGGUUUAGGAGUGUUUACUGAGAGAGAAAUUCCACCUCGUGUCAUGUUUGGACCAUAUGGAGGUGUUGAGAUACACGAUGAGAUGACAGCUCAUGACUCUGGCUACUGUUGGCAGAUUUAUGCAAAUGGCAAGCCGAGCCAUUUUGUGGAUGCUAGAGAUAAAGUAACUUCAAACUGGAUGAGAUAUGUUAAUUGUGCACCCAGUGAAUCUGAACAAAAUCUUGUAGCAUUUCAAUUCAAGGGCAAUAUUUAUUAUCGGUCAUACAAAACAAUAUUCCCUGGAACUGAACUGCUUUGCUGGUAUGGCAAUGAAUAUGGGAGAGAACUUGGACUUGUGCGAGAUAAAAACCUACUAAUCAGACCUAAACUUGUAAAUGGACAAGAGUGCUUUUCCUGUGUGUAUUGUAAAUCAUCAUUUACCACUGCAAUUUAUAAUGUUAGACAUCUCCUUCGUAUGCAUGGUAGAAACAAACUCUCUCAAACUGAUAUUCAAGUGCUUGAUGCAUGGCUGCGAAAAAAUGAUGCAGAAGAAUAUUCUAAAGAAAGGCAGAAAAAACGUUAUAUUGGUGUAAAAAAUCACUCUGAACAACCUACAAAACCAAAUAAAAAUGUUCAGUAUGAAGGUCAAGAUACACAUCAAAAUGCUGAAGAAAAAUUGUGGAAGGAAAAUAAUCUUUAUUGUACAGAUAGUAAAAGUGCAGUAUAUAAAAGUAAACAUGAGGGAGAGAAACGUUAUAAAUGUGAUAUUUGUGAUUAUGCAUGUAAUUAUAGUGGUGAUCUAAAGAAACAUAAGAGAAUACAUACAGGAGAGAAAUGUUAUAAAUGUGAUGUUUGUGAUUUUGCAAGUUAUCAAAGUGGUCACCUAAAGACACAUAAGAGAAUACAUACAGGAGAGAAAUGUUUUAAAUGUGAUGUUUGUGAUUAUGCAAGUAAUGAUUGGGGUAAUCUAAAGAGACAUGAGAGAAUACAUACAGGAGAGAAAUGUUAUAAAUGUGAUGUUUGUGAUUAUGCAUGUAAUACAAGUGGUUAUCUUAAGACACAUAAGAGAAUACAUACAGGAGAGAAAUGUUAUAAAUGUGAUGUUUGUGAUUAUGCAAGUAAUGAUGGGGGUAAUCUAAAGUCACAUAAGAGAAUACAUACAGGAGAGAAAUGUUUUAAAUGUGAUGUUUGUGAUUAUGCAUGUAAUACAAGUAGUAAUCUAAAGACACAUAAGAGAAUACAUACAAGAGAGAAAUGUUAUAAAUGUGAUGUUUGUGAUUAUGCAUGUAAUCAAAGUGGUGAUCUAAAUAAACAUAAGAGAAUACAUACAAGAGAGAAAUGUUUUAAAUGUGAUGUUUGUGAUUUUGCAUGUAAUAGAAGUGAUACUCUAAAGACACAUAAGAAAAAACAUAUAGAAAAAAUUUAAGAAAAAAUAGAAUAAGUUUUAGAAAUUGAUUUUUCAAUGACGUUUGUUGUUGUUAUUGUUGUUUGGUGUAUGUUCACAAAAAGUGCCAAAGUAGUCUACCUCAUGUUUUAGAACACAUUUAAUGAAAAUAAUGAAUCUAGAAUGAAUUUGUCUUUAAGAAUAUGUAUACUGAGUGACUUUCACUGCUACACAUUAACUUAGUCAUUUGCCUUUGAAAAAAAAUCAGAUUUUAGUUAGUAAACCACUUCUAUCAGAUUGGAUAUGUUCCAACUAAGAAAAUAAGUACUUAAUAGGGUGUGUUUUGUCGAGAAAAAACUAAUUAAAAGCUAUUUGUUUCUAGUUUAUAUUGUACGGCACUUUAAUACAGCAUUUUUCAGUUCCUGAAUUUGAAAAUGAUUUCUUAAAAAAAAACUUUUCCAAAAUUUCACUUUGAAACCACAUCUAUUACAUGGAAAAUGUUCUAACUAAGAAAAUAAGUACCAACAAGUGUGUAUUUUGUCCAAAAAUAAAAAAGUUAAGGCAAUUUUUUGUAAUCAAUGUUACUUAAAUAUUUUUAAAUUUAUCAUUGAAAGAUUUAUUUUGUUAAUUUUUGCCUCCAACUUGAUUUUAUCAGAAAUAAAUAAGUUAAAUCCACUGAGCUGUAAUUUUAUUUUUGCUCUCUGAAUGAAGUAAAUGAAAUAAAAUAUAAAACAAUUGAUUUUACACUGACUCAUACUUUUUAAUUGUCUUGACUCAAAAAUGAAAAAGAAAAAUGUUUAUCCAUAAAUUUCAUCUGCAUUCCAAUAAAUGAAAUUAUGGUCAAGAGAAGAAAAAAGUUCUACAUUUUUUCUUUCCCUCUGCUUUCUGAUCAAGUUGGAAAAGAAGGAAAAGGAAGCUAAGGUUUGGGACAAGUUUGUAUUUUAUUGCACUCAACUGGAUUACAAAAACAUAUUUAAUUGAUAUUUGAGUCAAGGAAAUUCCUGGGUUAUUAUACCCCCGCACAACAAAGUUGUAAGGGGGGUAUACUGGAAUCAGCUUGUCCGUCCGGCCGUCCGUCGGUUUUUUCUUGUCCGCCCAAUAACUUAAGAUAUCAUUGACCCUUAGUCUUCAUAUUUGGCAUGGAGGUUAGUCAUGAUUAGUAGAUGACCCCUAUUGAUUUUGAGAUCACUAGGUCAAAGGUCAAGGUCACAGGGGCCUUGACUUCAAAAACCUUGUCCGCCCAAUAACUUAAGAUUCCUUUGACCUACAGUCUUCAUAUUUGGCAUGGAGGUUAGUCAUGAUUAGUAGAUGACCCCUAUUGAUUUUGAGGUCACCAGGUUAAAGGUCAAGGUCACAGGGGCCUUGACUUCAAAAAGCUUGUCCGCCCAAUAACUUAAGAUUCCUUUGACCUACAGCCGUCAUAUUUGGCAUGAAGGUUAGUCAUGAUUAGUAGAUGACCCCUAUUGAUUUUGAGGUCACCAGGUCAAAGGUCAAGGUCACAGGGGCCUUGACUUAAAAAAGCUUGUCCGCCCAAUAACUUAAGAUUCCUAUGACCCAAAGUCUUCAUAUUUGGCAUGGAGGUUAGUCAUGAUUAGUAGAUGACCCCUAUUGAUUUUGAGGUCACUAGGUCAAAGGUCAAGGUCACAGGGGCCAUGACUUUAAAUAGCUUGUCCGCCCAAUAACUUAAGAUUCCUUUGACCCAUAGUCUUCAUAUUUGGCAUGGAGGUUAGUCAUGAUUUGUUGAUGACCCCUAUUGAUUUUGAGGUCAUCAGGUCAAAGGUCAAGGUCGCAGGGGCCUUGACUUCAAAAACCUUGUCCACCCAAUAACUUAAGAUUCCUUUGACCCAUAGUUUUCAUAUUUGGCAUUGAGGUUAGACAUGAUUAGUAGAUGACCCCUAUUGACUUUGAGGUCACCAGGUCAAAGGUCAAGGUCACAGGGGCCUUGACUCUUCAAAAAGCUUGUCCGCCCUAUAACUUAAGAUUCCUUUGACCCACAGUCUUCAUGUUUGGCAUGGAGGUAAGUCAUGAUUAGUAGAUGACCCCUAUUAAUUUUGAGGUCACCAGGUCAAAGGUCAAGGUCACAGGGACUUUGACUUCAAAAAGUUUGUCCACCCAUUUACUUAAGAUUCCUUUGACCCACAGUCUACAUAUUUGGCAUGGAUGUUGAUCAUGACUAUAAGGUGACCCCUAUUGACUUUGAGGUCACUGGGUCGAAGGUCAAGGUCACAGGGACCUUGACAAAAAAAGCUUUUCUUCUCAAUUGCUAAAGAAUGUCCUGUCCGCAAUGUAUUGAUUUUGACAUUUUCACAUUUUAAGCUUGUAGAAUACAUAACUUAGCAAUGCACUGGCUUAGUAACCUCAGAUUUGGCAGGGAGGUUGUCCUUGAGCGCUAAAUGGCCACUGUUGAUUCUGACAAAGUGGUAUGCAGGGGUAUUCACGCCAAGAUAGUGGCAGUUCUAGUUUUACCAUUUUCUCUCAUAUCUUAAAUUCUUUAUCAUCAUAUAACAAUUGGAAAUAGAUAGAUUUUUUUUUUGCAUUACACAGUAAACUCCGCUUAUAGCUAACUCAUUGGGACAUUCAAAAUCUGUUCCUUAUAUCCGGAGUUCCUUGUAAGCAUAUAGCGAAUUAGUUCCUUAUAUCAGAAAUUUUUAAAGCGAACAGUUUUACAUAUAACAAAGUAAUUGUUAACCAUUAUCCUCCAUUUUGAAGAGCAUUUUGAUUAAGAGAAAUAAC